AUGCCGCCACGUGUACGAGGCAAAGGAAAGGGUUCAAUGAGAGGUGGACCAUCAGGACAUGCAGGACCUUCCCAUAGACGCACUCCGUCUGCGUCAUUUUCUAGUUCAGUUUCCUGUGACCAUUGGGGUCAUUCUUUUGAACCCGCGAGGCACUCGGUCUCGUUGAGUUCAUCACCCUCUUUUCAUCCAUCUUUUGGGCCCCCUAUUCCAGACGAGCCCCAGCAUUCCCAUCACUCACAUGAUUCACAUCAUUCACAAGAUUCCCACCAUUCCCAUCAAUCCUACCAUUCCUUACACUCCCAUUCUUUCCAUCACUCGGAUUCCACUUACUCUCCAGCCCAGUUCAACCCCAAUGACUACGUCAAUGAUCUACGGGGCUACAAUCCAUUGGGACCAGAGGAUCACUUUCCCCAUGACAUGGAGAUGGAUGACGACCCGGAUCCAGAGAUGCAAACCGGGACACCGGGUCACCCUAUCAGCAUUUCUAGCGGUUCUCCAUAUCAAGGAUCGCCUUACCAAGGACCCGAUUCAUUUGCCGAAAGGUGGGCCAAGUAUGAAUGGGAAUUCACCCCUUCAUAUCAUAACUCUCCUGCUCAACCUCCUUUGGAUGAGCCAUACCUUCAAGCUGUCACUCCUCCACCUCUACCUGUUGAGGAGCCACCUCAACCACCUCCCGAGCCGCCGAGGCGAAGGAGGAAUGCACGAAUAUCCGUGCGAAGGGGACCACGGUUCAGUUCCCCUCAAGGUUCAAGCUCUUACCCUCCUAUCCCCGAGGACCCACAAAUGGGUGGACCCUCGCAUGCGGUGCCGGAAGACAAUCCUCCGCCGGUUUCUUAUGCACCACCGCCACCAGUGGGUUUUGACAACCCGACACCAACAUACCCAGGUUCAUCUGGGUAUAACCCAUCUGGGUAUCCAACCACUGCGGAAUAUGGAGCCCAAGAUCCAUAUCUUACUGCAGCACAAUAUAAUGCACUUUAUCCUUCAUCUUAA